AAUCACACAGGCAGAUUGGGCUGAAAUCAGAAGUCAGUCAUGAGAAACCAUACAAGACUAACUACUUUCAUCCUGCUGGGAUUGACAGACGACCCGCAACUAAAAGUUCUGAUAUUUAUCUUUCUACUUGUUACUUAUAUGUUGAGUGUCACUGGAAAUCUCACAAUCAUCACUCUCACUUUAGUGAGUUCUCAACUUAAAUCUGCCAUGUACUUUUUCCUCCAAAAUUUCUCAGUCUUAGAGAUUUCAUUUACUACAGUCUGUGUUCCUAGAUUCCUUUACAGCAUGUCCACUGGAGACAAUAUGAUCACUUACGAUGCUUGUGCUAGUCAAUUAUUUUUCGUCAUUCUCUUUGGAGCGACAGAAUUUUUUCUCCUGGCCAUCAUGUCCUAUGACCGCUAUGUGGCCAUUUGCAAACCCUUACAUUAUGUGACCAUCAUGAAUAGUAGAGUCUGCAGAAGGUUUGUUCUCUUCUGUUGGGCGGGAGGUUUGUUAAUCAUAACCCCCCCACUUAGCCUAGGUUUAAAUCUGGAAUUCUGUGACUCUAAUGCCAUUGAUCAUUUUCUCUGUGAUGCAUCGCCUAUCCUCAAGAUCUCUUGCUCAGACACGUGGUUCAUUGAGCAGAUGGUUAUAGCCUGUGCUGUGUUGACCUUCAUUAUGACGCUUGUGUGUGUCGUUCUUUCUUACAUAUACAUCAUUAAGACCAUUCUAAAAUUCCCCUCUGCCCAGCAGAGGAAGAAGGCGUUUUCCACAUGUUCUUCCCACAUGAUUGUUGUUUCUAUUACUUAUGGAAGCUGUAUCUUCAUUUACAUUAAACCUUCAGCAAAAGAAGAAGUCGACAUUAAUAAAGGUGUGUCGAUACUUACUACUUCCAUCGCCCCAAUGCUAAAUCCCUUUAUAUAUACCCUGAGAAACCAACAAGUGAAACAAGCUUUGAAGGACUCAAUCAAAAGACUUGCAUUUCUUUCCAAGAAAUAG